AUGGCGCCGGCGCCGUCCAUCGCCGAUAUCCAGGAUGAGCUGCUCGAGGAAAUCUUUUUCCGCCUCCCCACUCCGGCUGACCUCGCCCGCGCCUCCACAGCUCGCGCCUCCUUCCGCCGCGUCAUCGCCGACCACGCCUUCCUGCGCCGCUACCGCGCCCUCCACCCACCGCCUCUCAUUGGCAUGCUCCAGCUCCAUGAACCAUUCGUCCCUGCCCAGCAGCCGCACCCCUCCGCCGCCGCCGCCCGCCCCUUCGCCGGCUUCGACUUCUCUUGCACAUCCUUCCUCCCCUCCACCGCCGGCCGUUCCUGGAGUCCAAUUAACUUCCUUCACGGACGAGCCCUCCUUGCGAGCGCUCCGGUCAAUGAAGAAAAUGGCAAGCGCAUUCUCGUUGGCUCUGAGGUGUGUGACUCACAUUACUGCCAAUUUUUGACAAGGGAACUCGCCGUGUGCGAUCCCGUGCACCGCCGCUACGUCCUGCUGCCUGCCGUUCCUGGCGACAUGAAAGCGCUGGUCCGUAGGCCGGACCUGCUCAAACUGGAGACCUUCCUUGCACCUGGCGAUGAUGAGGAGGACCCUGUAUCAUUUAGGGUGAUUUGUCUGGCUCAGUGCAGAAUGAAUCUGCUGCUUCUCGUCUUCUCCUCUUUGGAUGGACAAUGGCAUGUUCUUACUUAUGAUCGAUGGGGUGCUCAAGCUACAUGUCCUCCAUUGCUCAACUCUGAGAGUGGGUUUUGCAAUCGUCAAUUCGUCCACGGAUGCUUCUACUGGCAUUUGCAUUUUCGGAAUGAGUUGCUUGUGCUUGACGUGCGCACAAUGGAGUUCUCUACUGUCAACCUUCCACCUGAACGACGAGAUCUUAAUAGUUUUGUCAUUGUCGGGGCAGCACAAGGGAUGCUCGGGAUGCUCACCAAAGGCUAUGAUGAGGAAAGUGAAGAUGACCGAUAUUGCCUCACGUAUUCCAUUUUGAGAAAUAACCAAUGGCACUCAGAGAAGGUCAUCCCAUUGCCGGUAAAGCGUGCGAUUCUGGUUGGUGUUGCCGGGGGAUACUUGCUCAUGGAAGUGUUGUACACCAUGUCUUCACAAGAGAAUCUGAAGUUUGGAUACUUUUCGGUCAACGUGAAGACAUUGCAGGUCGAGUUGUUCGCUGCACUGAGCAAACCCAUCUUACCUGGCCAACUAUAUGAUGGUUUCCCACCAUCAUUGUGUGCACCAACUAUAUGA